AUUAAUUAAUAUAUAUAUGGAGUUGGAGAAGAUAAAGCUAGAGGGAAUUAAAAAUUUAAUAAGAUAGAAAUUAAUAUAAUUGGAGCUCUAAGGGAAUGAUCGAAAACUGUAAGUAAUUUAUUCUAGCUAAUUAAGUCCUGAUGUUGAGCAAAGCAGAAUUGAGUAGGAUUAAAGAAUAAUAAAGUUAAUGGAAGUAAAACAUAAAACUAUUGAUUAGGAUUCAACUUAUGGAGAUAGAUCGGAGUGGAUUAAAUAUCACAAAACUUAAGGAAAACAAUUUGAUUAAAAAUAAUAAUAUGAGAAGGCUUUGAAUGAGUACUACUUGUCAGUGCUAGCAUUGAUUGAUAGUAAACUGUGGAGAGAGUUUGGUGUUUCUCUUAUUCACAAAAUUCAAACCAGCUUGGAGUUUUUGAAGAUACCUGCUACUAAAGAGUUAUUUGAUUUUAUCAUAUAUGUUGAUAGGACCAACAUUAAGGCUUAUUUGAAAUAUGGAAAGUUCCUUAGUAGCAAUAAAAAACAUACUCUCGCUGUGUAAAUAUUUGUGUAUAUUCAGGCAAUAUUUUCAAUAAGGGGAAAAGCUAUCUGUUCAGAAGCAAGAUAAGGAGGCUCAGUAGGAUUUUCAGAAGCAAAUAUUGGAAUGUAGAAAACUGCAAAAUCAGGACAAAAAUUGAGAAGGAC